AUGGUUGUGAAGUUUAGGAAUAUAGAAUUGGUGAAAGAAAUAAGCCUUUGUACAUCUUUGAGCCCAGGGAAACCUUCUUAUCUGUCCAAAGAUCGUGGACCAUUGCUUGGACAGAGUAUUUUCUCAAUAAAUGGCCUUAGUUGGAGCCAUCAGAGGAAGAUAAUCGCUCCAGAAUUCUACACGGAUAAGGUUAAGAGCAUGGCGAGCCUAAUGGUGGACUCUACAACCACAAUGGUAAGAUCCUGGGAGAGCAGAAUUGAAGGUGAUGGAGGCAUGGCAGGAAUAAAUAUUGACCUGGAGUUAAGAAGCAGCUUAUCAGCAGAUAAUAUAUCAAGAGCUUGUUUUGGAAGCAAUUACACCAAAGGAGAAGAAAUAUUCUCGAAGCUGAGAACUCUUCAAUGUGAUGUAAUGUCCAGAGGGUUCAUUGGGAUUCCUGGCUCAAGAUAUAUCCCUACCAAAAACAAUUGGGAGAUAUGGAAAUUGGAGAAAGAAAUUAACUCAAUGAUAUUGAAGGUUGUAAAGGAAAGGGCUGCGGCCAACUACGAGAAGGACCUUCUGCAAAUGAUACUAGAGGGAGCCAAAAGUUAUGGUGACCAAGAAAGCUUUCCAUCAGACGUUUCUCUUGACAGGUUCAUAGUGGAUAACUGCAAGGCUAUAUACUUUGCUAGUCAUGAAACCACUGCCAUCACAGCUUCAUGGUGCUUAAUGUUAUUGGCGGCUAAUCAAGAAUGGCAAGCUCGUGCUCGUGCGGAGGUGCUUGAAAUCUGUAAAAAUAACCUUCCAGAUGCUGACAUGCUUCGAAAUAUGAAAACUCUUACAAUGGUGAUCCAAGAGACAAUGCGCCUUUAUCCACCUGUGGUGUUUGUGAUCAGAAGAGCCUUGCAAGAUUUAAAGUUCAAGGACAUCACAAUUCCAAAAGGACUGAACAUCCAAAUUCCAAUCCCAAUAGCACAACAGAAUCCUGAUCAAUGGAGGCCUGAUGCACAUCAGUUCAAUCCCAAAAGAUUUGCCAAAGGAAUUCUAGGAUCCAGCACGAGUCCAUCGGAUUAUAUGCCAUUCCGAAUAGGUGCACGUAUCUGUGCAGGCCAACACUUUGCCAUGGCAGAGCUGAAGGUUAUUGUAUCACUCAUCCUAUCAAAGUUUAGCUUCUCGUUGUCACCAGCAUACCAUCAUCCCCCCCGGUUUGGGCUGGUUGUGCAACCUGGCAACGGUGUUUGCCUUCAUAAUAGAAGAGUCUCCUGACAUUUCGAGCUUUGAGCAAAUUUUGUGAGGAAAAUUAAGACCGUUCUUUACAACGUUUUGUCAAAUAAAUUGCAUUUAGGCAAUACAUAGUGCAAGCAUUAUUUGAAUCCAACAAGUGGUUGUUGA